AUGAAAACACUGGACACAUAUCUGAGAAAUAGCAUUAAACUGCGAUGUCUAGGACACUUCAGACAGAACAUUAAGGACGAGCUGAAAAAACUUGGGAUACGUGGUACUCAAGAGAACUAUUUCCUGGAUAUGAGUUUUGGUUCUGUUUGUGGUGAUGUUAGAGUUGAAGGUAUCCUAGAUGCAAAUGACGAAGAAGAGUUCGACAACCUUCUCAUUGUAUGCAAAAGAGAGAUGACGAAGAGAGAAUUGGAGGUGCGCCCUGUUACACAACCCUUCCUCUACAACUGGAUCCUGAAACAUGCUGAGCUAAUGAAGAAAUCUAUGAUACUAGGAGUGAGACGUGCUGCCGGUUGGAGACAGUUGCACAUCAAACGAUGCUGA